CCACUCUCCCUCUCCCCUCCUCGCCGGUCGCAACUCGCAGGUGCCCCUGUCCUCUCCUCUCCUCUCCCCUCCCAUGGCCGCCGCCGUCACCGCCACCACAACCACUUCCUCCCCGGCGAGAUCCACUUCAUAGUUGCGAGCAGGUUUAGGGUCUAUUAGUGAAGGCUAUAAUGGAGAAGCAGCAAUCGGUGAAGCAGCUACCGUCGCCCAACCUCUCCCCACAGGAGUGGGAGUCUCUCUUCGACGACUUCGGAUCCGGCUCCGCCUCCCGACGCUCCAGGUGGCUUCAUAUCCCCCUAGUCGAUCUCGCUCUCUACUCCCUCCUCCGCCGCGAUUUCCCUUCUCACCUCAAGCCCCUUCUCCUUUUCUUCAUCGACGACUUCCUCUCAUCCCCAUCCGACGCCCCUCCGCCAUCCCAAGCACUGCCCCCUCUUAUUGACGCUCUACGUUCCCUCCUCUCCUCUGUUGACCCGUCCGCCGCCGCCCUGCGCGAUCAGUUUAUGGUCACCACCGUUUCCGCUGCCAUCUCAACCCUCGACGCCCCACUUGAUCUCGAUUCAUCUGCUCUUCUUGAGCCCUUAGUCGAGAUCCUCCUCACCGUCGCCAACCGCCCCAACCACGGCCAUGACCGUCAGUCCCGCGCCACCGCUUGCGAGUGCCUCCGAGAACUCGAAACCGCCUUUCCCUGCCUGCUCAAAGACGUCGCUGGGCAUCUUUGGGUCCUCGCCCAGGCCGAGCGUACGCACGUCGCGCAGAGCUACCUCCUCUUACUCGCCGCCGUCGUCCGGGACCUCGUGCUAAGCCCCGGACUUCUCUCUUCUCCGAUUUCCAUCCUCUCCACUGCCGUUCCCCUCGUGCCCUUUAACGUCCCCGGCUUCCUCUUCUCCGAUCCUGCCGCCGAUCGCGACUGUGAGCCCUCAGAGGUGAAUUUGAGGGAGAUCAAGCGAGUCCUCGCAUUCCUCUGGGAGCGACCGCAGGCUCUCACGCCUUCCGCCACGAUGGAGCUGGUCUCUAUCUUGACCAGUAUCGCUAGCACGCUGGAGCAGUACGUGCCGACUUUGGGGGCACUCCUGAAGGUGCAGUUCUCUGGCCUGAUUUACUCCUAUCAUCCAAUCCUCUGCCAUGUUGUUCUCAUGCUCUACUCCGGCUUCCCAGAUGCCUUUUCAGGGGAGGACGAGCGCAACAUUGCUCUCCGCCUCGCCCUUAUGGCUAGGGAAGCCUACCAGCCCCUCCCAUUUCGUCUUCUUGCGCUCCACUGGUUGCUUGGGUCGCCUCGGCUUGGCCAGCGAAAAGACUCUAUUGCUCCUCUAGCACCUAGAUUAUACCCUGCAGUUUUUGAUGCCUUGUCUCUGAAAGCUAAGAAGCUUGAUGCUUUAGCUCGCAUCGCAGCAAACUUGGAUGAUCUAGAAAUGAGGAAGAAAGGGGAGGAGGAAGGCCGAGGGGCUCUAAUAAUAAAGUUUUUCCAGGAUGGUUUGGUAUGUGUCUCUGCUUUUCAGUGGCUUCCUCCAUGGAGCACUGAGACUUCAGUCACCUUUCGUAUGCUUCACAAAUUUUUGAUUGGAGUUGCUCCACAUCGUGGUGAUUGUUCAGAGGAAUGUGGGUAUGAUUAUCUCGUUGAUUCUACCAUUUUCAGUACUCUUCAGAGUAAAUUGGUAAGUUUGGCAAUGGAGCAUCGAGGCCUGGUUCCUGUCGUUGUCGCAUUUGUUGAUCGGCUGGUGGGAUGUAAGGCUCACCAAUCCAUAGGGGAGUGCUUGCUCCACAAACUUGAUGAACAUCUGCUUCCAAAACUUGUGGUCGACUAUCAAUUGACUUCUUACUUCCCCAUUUUUGAGAAGAUAGCUGAGAAUAAUACUAUACCACCUCGUGGUUUGUUAGAAGUGCUCACCCGUCAUAUUGCUACUCUAAUGGAAAAACAUGGUCCAGAUUCUGCCUUGAGUUUGUGGUCUCGGGGGAAUAAAGUAUUGGGCAUUUGCAGAAUAAUGCUUAAACAUCACCACAGCUCAAGAGUUUUUCUUCCGUUGUCACGUCUUCUAGCAUUUAUCUGCCAAUUCUUCCCGGAUUUGGAAGUUCGUGACAAUGCAAGGAUCUACCUGCGGAUGCUUGUCUCUAUCCCUGGGAAGAAACUGAGGCCGAUGAUGCAUCUUGGUGAACAGCCCUCAGCUGUGCCUGCAUCUCCUCAUCCUGGCUCAUUUUUUCACACUUCUUCUAGCCACUCAGAGGACCUUAAGAGUCCAGGUGGCAUUUCCUCUUAUAUUUUCCUUGAAAGGGCAAUUCCACCACUUGUCAAACAGUCAUGGUCAUUAGUAUUGCUAAAACCAAGUGUUGAGGAUAAUGCUGAAACAAAUAAAACUGUUGGUAUUGAUGAUAUCAGUGUUUUGCCUUCUCACCAAGCAGAUAUGGAGAAUGAAAAAAACUUUGAGACAAUCAGUACGAGCAAGGAGCCAUUCAGAGUGAUGGAUUCAAAGGUUGCUGAGAUUUUAGGAGUCCUAAGGAAGUACUUCUCAUGCAUUCCUGACUACCGGCACAUGCCUGCAUUCAAGGUUAAAAUACCUUGCAUAUUAAGAUUUGAUUCUGAAGUGUUUAACCGUAUUUGGGGAGAUGCUUCAUCUACAUUUGAUUCAGAAGAUGUGGAUACCUUGCCUGCUAUGUAUGCAACUACUGUCACAUUUUCUUCAUCAUCAUAUGGUUCAAUUCCACCUUGUCGCAUACCAUUUCUUCUUGGCGAACCUUUGAGAAAUAAACUAGAUAUUGUACCUGUGAGUAGAAAUUCUGAGGAGCAACCAAUUUACCAUGCUUCAAUAGUAGUAGAACUGGAACCCAGAGAGCCAACGCCAGGUCUUAUUGAUGUUACUGUAAAGGCAAAUGCAGAAAAUGGGCAAAUUAUCUCAGGAAGGCUCCAAAGUAUUCCAGUUGGCAUUGAAGACAUGUUUCUUAAAGUUAUCAUACCACCUGAUAUCGAAGAGUGUGAGAUGCCCAAGUAUAUGUAUAAUCUGUUUCAUGCAUUGUGGGAAGCCUGUGGUAAUUCUGAAAAUACAGGAGGGGAGAUCUUUCCUCUUAGUGGAGGAAAAGGGGCGGCAGCAAUUCACGGCACACGGUCUGUAAAACUUCUGGAAACCCAUCUGGAUUCUUUGGUCAUGAAUAUUGAGCAACACUUAGCUCCAUAUGUUGUGGGUGUUGUUGGUAACCCACUAGUGAAUAUAGUGAGGGGUAGUGGGAUCAUUAAAGAUAUUAUCUGUGAAAAUGAUUCUGAGUGUUCUGUUGCUAAUGAUAUUACUGCUCUGGUGCCAUAUUCUGAAAAUGUACCUCUUCAGCUCCCGUAUCUUGAGGAUGAGGAUAUUGUAGAGCACCAUUCAUCUAUCAGUAAAAAAAAAAUUGGUAUUUUCUAUAUCAUGAUAUUCCUACCACCCAGGUUCCAUCUCCUUUUCCAGAUGGAAGUACAUCAUUCAUCCACCUUGGUACGGAUAAGAACUGAUCAUUGGCCAUGUCUUGCAUAUGUUGAUGAAUUCUUGGAAGCUCUUUUUCUGACUUAGAAGGAAACACAUACAAAGCAGACUUCAAUGUACCACAUGCCUACAUGGUGCUUAUCUUGGUUGGACUUUGCGUUGGCAAGCUUCCUAGUGGUUAAACUUUUAAGUUUGUGCUUUGCCAGAGAACUUGAUAAGACUGAUAGAGAUCAUCUUGGAUCGAUUGAAGUUUGGACCAUUUCUGUUGUAAAUGUAUACCAGUCAAAGGUAACUGCAGACAACCAAUCCCUUCUGGAAUGCUGAGAUGUAAGUCUUGUAGCUCUAUUACAAAAAAAAAAAAAAUCUUUCAAAGCUAAAAUUUUGUUCCAGCACCAUCCCUCCUAAUUGAUAAAGGUGAUGAGUUUGGCUGAUAUGAUUGUCGAGAAUCUUAUUUUCUCUAUAUGGAAGAUUUCAAUUCGCUGUUUUUCGUGGGAUAUUACUUGUUUCUUUCUUCUCCUCUUAUUCUCUGUUUCUAAAAGUAGGAUAUGGAUGCUUUGCUUUGGCAGAAAAGUCAUAAUCAGUUCUGCUAUCAAAAUGGAAUUUUUGAUUUUAUGAAGUUUCAUCUAAUAAACAAUAGCAUUGAACAAUACAGGAUGUAUUUGUUUUCUCUGGUAAUGGAGUAGCAAUGUAUAAACUCAAUUUGAAUAAAAGGCGGCAAGUCUUUAGCAA